UAGUUCUUACCUUUAUCCAACUGUAGCCAUCGAAUCGAGACUCCAAAGCUCUGGUAAUGGCGGAAGCUACGGACUCAGCACUAGUGAAGUAUGGAAUCGUAGGCGUCGGUAUGAUGGGGAGAGAACAUCUCAUAAAUCUUCACCAUCUCCGUGACCAAGGCGUCUCCGUUGUCUGCAUCGCCGAUCCUUACCCACCCUCCCAGCAACUCACCAUCGAACUUGCUCGCUCUUUUGGUUGGGAACCCAAGGUUUUCUCGGGACACAUGGAGUUGCUGAAGAGUGAAAUGUGCAACGUCAUUGUCGUGUCUUCUCCAAAUAUGGCUCAUUAUCAGAUUCUUAUGGACAUUCUCAAUUAUCCGAAGCCACAUCAUGUUCUUGUUGAAAAGCCUUUGUGCACCACUGUUGCAGAUUGCAGACAGGUUCUGGAUGCUGCAAAGAAAAGGACAGAUAUACUGGUGCAAGUUGGCCUAGAAUAUCGAUACAUGCCACCUGUAGCUAAGCUAAUCGAAAUAGUAAAAGGCGGAGGUAUCGGUAAAGUCAAGAUGGUCGCCAUCCGAGAACACAGAUUCCCAUUCUUGGUCAAGGUGGGCAAUUGGAAUAGGUUCAACGUUAACACUGGAGGUACUCUAGUAGAGAAAUGCUGCCAUUUCUUUGAUCUCAUGAGACUCUUUGCUGGUGCAAAUCCUGUUUCCAUCAUGGCUUCUGGGGGCAUGGAUGUGAACCAUAAGGACGAAGUGUAUGAUGGAAAGGUCCCUGAUAUAAUUGAUAACGCUUAUGUCAUCGUUGAAUUCAACAAUGGAUGUCGAGGGAUGCUCGAUCUUUGCAUGUUUGCUGAAGGAAGUAAAAAUGAGCAAGAAAUAUCUGUUGUCGGUGACACUGGAAAGGGGGAGGCAUUUGUUCCGGAGAGCAUUGUACGAUUUGGCACUCGCACUGAAGGAAGAGAAGGCGUUCAAACGCUAGAAGCCAAAGAUGAAAGGAUAAAAUAUGACGGGCUGCAUCAUGGAUCCAGUUUCCUGGAGCACCUCUACAUGUUAUCAGAGAUCAGAAAGGAAGGAAGGGAAAGAAGUGCAGCUGUGGGUUUGGAAGAUGGGCUGAUGUCUGUAGCCAUUGGAGUUGCCGCACAACUUUCAAUAGAGGAGCGUCGGCAUGUCAACAUCGACGAGGUGUUGUGUUAAAGCAUCAGCACGUCAUAAUACACUACAAAGAUUCUCCACGAGAGACUUGGAGAAACCUUUACUGCAAACGCAACAGAAUCUUCUUAUGAACUUGGGAGACAUUGUACAGACUGUUAUGUGUAUGGACUAAUAUAUGUUUAAAUGUAUU